AUGCCGACUCCAGAGCUCUGUGUUAUCAACAACCGAUUGUUCUGGAUCUUCGGCUCUUUAGUUGCAUUUUACAUUCCCAUGCUCACAAUGGUGGUCUCCUUUGCACUAACAGUGCAGUUGCUGAAAAGACAGGCGAGGUUGGCUGCCACACCUGUACCUGGUGGAACUCAAAGAAGGCAAUGCGGAGGUUUUGAUCAACCAAAUCAAGGCAUGCGACGGGUAGGAGUGAGAAGUUCUCCGGAUCUGUCACCUAAUAGAACAGUGACAAGGCAGCUCACUUGGAGAAUAACUAGUACAACCAGAUCACAGAGCAACAAAAUUGGUAUGAGCGUCUCCCAUCCUCACCUAAGCUUCGUGAACGGCUGUGGCGGUCCCGGGUCCGGAGCCAGGCGCGGUCGCGAUGUUGCUACUCAAACACCAAUUAGUGUAGCAGCUGAGACUAGACGAGCAAGAUUAAGACCUUUAAAAUUUAAUCUGGCUACUCCAAAUGCUUUGUCUUUGAGGUACAUGAACGGCUGCAGAGGUAAAGGAUGCUAUGUGUCAAGACGAAGGCGCGAUGUGUCUACUCAAACACCUACUUGUGUACUGGAGGAGACUAGACGAGCAAGGAACACAAUAUUAAAAUUGAACUUAGCUGCUCCAAAUGCUUUGAGGUUUUUAGCUAAUCGCAAGAAAGACAGAUCUCUAUCGGCAAAUGCAGUGGCGAACGAACAAAAAGCAACCAAGGUCUUGGGACUUGUAUUUUUCACUUUUGUAUUAUGCUGGGCACCAUUUUUUCUACUUAAUAUACUGUUUGCAGCAUGUCCUGCGUGUAUAGUACCAGAGCAUGUCGUUGACAUCUGCCUUUGGCUGGGAUAUGUGUCUUCCACCAUCAACCCUAUUAUCUACACGGUGUUCAACAGAACAUUCAGAGCAGCAUUCCUUAGACUCCUAAGGUGUCACUGUACCAGACGCGGCCGCUGCACACGUUAUCAUUCAGUUACUUCUACGAGAGGAGCCUCCCAACUCUGCGCGAGAUCAGCACUGCCUCUAGCCAUAUCAUUGAGACCUUCGGGAAUGCCGUCAUCUUCGCCAGCAAUUCCAGACACCACUGAAACAGUAUUAAUGGACCCACCUAUAGGAGAGUUUAAUAUUAGGUAUUAA